GACAUAGACACAUCUGAUAUUGGCAGAAAGAUUAACAUGAAUUUAAGUUAACUGCACUGUUCAAUUUACAGUAGCUAUUACAGUGAAAUAAUACCAUGCUAUUGUUUGAGAGUGCACAAUUUUGAACAUGAAAAGUUAUAAAUAAACAAAUGAGACACAUUUGGACAGUCUUGAAACAAAAUUUUGAACAUAGAUACAAUGGUUCAUUGGAUCAGUCUAAAACUGUAGACAUACACUGUUGCCAUCCAGUGGCCAAAAUCUAAAUUCCACCUGAGCUGGAAUAAUACAUUAUGUCCUUUCUCUAGCAUUUCAAAGAUGAUGGUACAAAACAAAUACAAAAGACCGGCUGGUUUGUUCUAUGUAUUAUUUUUUUAACAGAUUUAACAGUAUUGUGUGUUCUACUACAUUCCAUUCACAUUUCCACAUUUCCACAAACCUAAGUGUUUCCUUUCAAUAUUUUGGCCAGGAUGCUCUUGAAAAAUACAUUUUUAAAUCUCAAUGGCCCUUCCUGGUUAAAUAAAGGUUCAAUAAAAAAUAAAAAAUGUUACCAAGAAUAUGCAUAUCCUUGCUUCAGGACCUGAGCUACAGGCAAUUAGAUUUGGGUAUAUCAUUUUAGGUGAAAAAGGGGCUAAUUCUUAAAAGGAUUAAGAUUUUCAGCUUCUUGAUAUGCCACACCUGUAAGGUUGGAUGGGCUAUCUUGGCAAAUGAGAAAUUUCGCUAACAUGGAUGUCAACAAAUUUGUGCACAAUUUGAGAGAAAUAAGCUCUUCUUGCAUAUGGAAAAUUUCUCAGAUCAUUUAUUUCAGUUCAUGAAAUGUGGGACCAACACAUAUGAUGUUUUAUAUUUUUGUUCAGUAUAGAUUAGAGAGGAGCUUCUAUCCAGGGUGGGACUUUUAAUUCUGGUCUGCCUGCCACCAACCUUUAAAAAGCUGGAACUAUUUGCCACUUUCCCAUUGAAACUUGAAUAAACAUUUCCCAUCACACUUUUUCUCAUUGCAUUUUUUUUAUACUGGGGGUGUGUGAUUGAGAAAGCAUCCUCCCUCUCUCACAACUUCUCCCACUGUCUGCAUUAGUACGGAGGUUCAGUGAAAGCAGGGCUGUUCAAUUCUGGUCCUGGAGGGCUGAUAAGCUUCUGUUUUUUUUUUUGUUUCUACCUGGUAAAUUGCAUUCACCUGGUGUCCCAGAUCUGAACUUGUUCCUUAUUAGACGGAGAGGAUGAAAACCAGAAUUAUUACGGCUCUCCAGGACCAACAUUGAACAGCCCUGAGUGUAAGGAUCCCAGCAUGUGUCGUUAUCAUCUACCUAGGAUUGUGUAGUUUAGGGUUGAUCUUACAUUUGGUUCACAUCUAGGUGUAAUGUAUAGGGACAGAUGGGAUAUCAUACCUGGCUGAGUAUAGCCAGAGUGAAGGUGAUAAGGGAAUUUUGUUCCUCAAUGAGAGUGCUAGUGCAAUACACCCGCUAGUUCUGUCUUGACUUGUAAACUCUUGCUCCUCGGGUAGCAUCGGUUGACAAACUUCCUCCAGCUGUUCUAUAGUUUUUGUUUUGCCGGGUUUGUUUACGUGUUGUGUGCCUCUAACAAUGUUAGCUGCCUACUAGGGAUGAUGGCACACAUACGCACACACAUACACGCACACAAAUACAAAUCCAAAGUUUAGUGGCCUUUAAAUCUGGUUUUCCUUAGACGUCGGCAUAUUCCACAUCUGGUUCUUACAUCAACAAGCCAAGGUCUUCAGCAGCACCAGCCAGUGUCUCCCCUCUCCGUUUUCAUUAUAUCAAAUCCAAAGUGGCUUCCAAACGAUCAAUUUCCAAGUUGAAAGUGGAACAGCCUGUGUCCAGAUCAGCAGUUAUCCUAUAGAGAAAAACCUAAUUUGUCUCUAGGAGUUUCCAGCAGCUCCCAAAAUCGUUUAGUUUUUUCUUUCUCACUUCCUCCUUUUUUGGUCAUGCACACCGCCUUCCUGCCUGUCUCCUUUCCUUCCCUAAAACUAUGGAUAGGAAGCCUGGUUGCAUCAUAGUCCAGUGGUGCAGCCUGAGACAACACUAACUCCCGUCUCAGUGCCCUUGACUGCAUUAGUGGAGACCGAUCAGCUGCUGCAUCAAAAUUGAGAAGCAGGGGAAAAAAACUGUUGCCAUAAGGUGUGCCACCACUCGGACUGCCAGGACCUGAACAACAAGAGCCCACUUAAUUUGUGUGAGUCAUGUGACUCCCGCUGCCACCUGGAAGACACAGACAACAUGCACUUUGACCGACACCCCCGCUUUGACCUGCAACCCCAAGGUUCCAUCCUGGCCCGGAAUGUGUCGACGCGCUCCUGUCCCCCCCCCACCAGCCCCCCCUCUGACCUGGAGGAGGAGGAUGAAGGGGCCAACCAAGGGGAGCGUAAAACUGGGGGUCUGAAGUUGGUGAAGAAGAAACCACGGCGACGGCACACAGAUGACCCCAGAAAGGAGUGCUUCAGCCUCAAGUUUGAUCUGAACGUGGACAUUGACACAGAGAUCGUCCCCGCUGUGAAAAAGAAGACCCUGAGGGAGGUGCUGGGCCCUGUGUUUGAACGAAAAGGUAUAGAGUUAUCCCGGGUAGAUCUGUUCCUAGACCAGUCCAACACUCCGCUGUCCCUCAAAUUCGAGGCCUACCGCUUCGGGGGCCACUAUCUCAAGGUCAAAGCACGGCCAGGUGAUGAGCUGAAGGUGGAGCAGGGAGUGAAGGACCUGCGCUCGCUCAGUCUGCCCAACAUGAAACCCUCCUCUGGGGUUCAGAGCUCCUACAUCCUCACUGCGGGCAGCGAGAGGGUGGAGCACAGCUCUCUGGGACGCAUGAAGAGCAACGUUGACCUACUGGUCAGCGCAGCCUCUACUACAGGUCAGGCGCGUCGCAGGAAAAACAUGACAGAGUUCCUUGGGGACGCCAGCAUCCCGUCUCCGGACUCCUUGGCCGGGCUGAGCGGCUCUCUGCCAGGCGUAGGACCUGGACCGGACAGCUGGAAGAACCGUGCCGCCAGCCGCUUUUCUGGCUUCUUCAGCUCCAACGCUGUAGCAGGGGCUUUCGGAAAGGAGAUGGACCGCAUGGAGCAGCUCCAGAAUAAGCUGCAGUCGUACACUCUUUUUGGCCUUCCCAAGGUUCCUCCUCAGCUGUCCUUCCACCAGGACUCCUGGGAAGAGGAAGAAGAGGAGACAAGCUUUGCACUGGAGGACAGCUGGACGCAGCUACUAGACCAUCCUGAGACUUUGACCAGACGCCAGUUCCAUCAGCAGGAGGCUAUCUGGGAGCUAAUGCACACUGAGGCCACCUACAUCAAGAAACUACGAGUCAUCACUGAUUUGUUCCUGUGUGGGCUGUUGAACCUGCAGGAGAGUGGUCUUCUGACAGAGGUGGAGCCAAUGCGUCUCUUCAGUAACAUCCAGGACAUUGUGCGUCUACACACUGCCCUUUGGAGCCAGGUGAUGCUGCCCGCCCUGGAAAUUGCUCGGCAGGCCAGGACCCUUCUCAACCCUGUUGACCUCCACUAUGGCUUCAGGACCUUUGGCUCCCGUUUCAAGCCCUACAUCCGUUACUGCAUGGAGGAAGAGGCCAGCCUGGAGUACAUGAGAUCACUCCACAGGGACAACGAGCUCUUCAGGAUCUACGUCACGUGGGCUGAGACUCAUAAGCAGUGUAAUCGUCUUAAGCUGGCUGACAUGCUGGCAAAGCCCCACCAGAGACUCACCAAGUACCCCCUACUGCUGAAGGCUGUCCUCAAGAAGACUGACGACUCAUCAUCCCGCGACGCCGUCAGCAGCAUGGUGGCGUGUGUGGAGGGCUUUAUCAACAGUGUGGACUCUCAGAUGCGUCAGCGGGAGGAGCGGCAAAAGCUAGCCACCAUCUCUGGACGCAUUGACUCCUACGAAGCAGUGGAGGGGAGCAGCGAGGAGGUGGAGAAGAUACUGCGUGAGUUUAACUGCUUUGACCUGAUGGCUCCUAUGAGAGGCACAUCACCAGAGGAGACCAGACAACUCCAUCUAGAGGGGGCACUGCGCAUGAAGGAGGGAAAAGACAGCAGGAUGGACGUCUACUGCUUCCUCUUCACGGACCUGCUGCUCAUCACCAAGCCAGUGAAGAAGGUUGAGAAGGUCAAGGUGAUCAGACAGCCACUCCUCAUCCACAAUGUUGUCUGCAAGGAACUCAAGGACCCUGGGUCCUUAAUUAUCAUCUACCUCAAUGAGUUCAAGAGUGCCGUGGCAGCCUACACAUUCCAGGCCAACAGCGCCACCCAGGGGCGAAGCUGGGUAGAUGCCAUCUGCAAUGUCCAGAACCAGCUCGAGAGACUGCGGACUGAAGAGGUUCUCAGGCAGCAGACCACCUUACAGCACCGGCUACAUGGAGAGGAAGAAGAGGAGGAGGUAGACGAGAGUAGCAACUCCACCGCCAGCUCUCCCGGCACAAGGCACAAAGACGAGCAGGGACCAAGUCAUUCGGACGGCUCCACAGAGACCCUGUCAGUCAUGGACAUAGGAGAAGACUUAGGAGGGCACCCAGACCCCUCCGCCCCACACACAGACCCAGGCGGACCCUUAGAGAAAAGCCCAGACUCAAGCAUAGUUACCCCACCUACUGGCCCUGAGCCCCUGCACUGCCACCCUGCUAGGCCCCUGGACCCAGACCGGGACCCUGAGCAAGAGCAGGAGGGGGGUCUGGAGGGAGGGGAGGGUCAGCUGGAACCUCAGUGUCGCUCUCUGUCCAUGGAUAGUGCCUACGGUACCCUCUCCCCAGAGUCCCUCUUGAGAGAGCUGGACCUGCAGACACGGCCAGGCCAGAGCGAUGGAGAGGAGACCGAAGAGGAGGGAGAGGUGGAGAGCCACGAUGUGGGUGUGAAGUUGGACAAGAAGGUGGAAAUGGAACUGGUAGAGGAAGGAGGAGAGGAAGAGGAUUCAACCUCUGUUUGUUCCCAGCUGUCAGUGGUUCAGUCUCUGAAGCCUCGGCGACGCCCCCCGGUGACUCCCCGCCUCCACUGCUUCCAGAGCCGAAACAUCAAGUCCCGUUCAGAGGACAACCUCCUACAGCUUUUCCACGACAACGUCUCUGUCUCCUGGAUACACACCCGCAGCCCUACAGUCCAGGAACAAUCAGAACUCAGGAGAGAACAGGCGGAUUGCCUGGCCCAUAGUAAGAGCCUAUCAGAACUUGGCCGAGCCCGUGACCACACUGGGCUGUUUCAGAUUGACCUCGACUCAGAACAGACUGAUGAUGACUUCCUCACCCUGAGCAUGCCCUCUAGUAAGCUAUGUGACACCCUGAGGAGGGCAGAGGCCCGCAAGAGGGCUCUGGGUGCAGCUGAGGGCAGCGUAGGCAGCAGGAGCCUGGCCAACAGUAGCGGCUCGGCGGUGGCGCCAUCUAGAGGACAGGAAGGGAAGUGCAGUAAGUCGUUGACAGCCGGUGGCCCAGAGGAGCAGUCAUUGGCCAAAAGCAGAAAGUCCCCGGCCCAGCAGCACAAGAAGCUGACCCUUGCCCAGCUCUAUAGGAUACGCACCACCCUAGUGCUCAACUCUACGCUCACCGCAUCGGAGGUGUAACCACUGGCAGACAACCAACCAACUAGUGACACCUGAGCAUGAAGAGGAACCACACUUGGUGAUGUCUGCAUGGAGGGGACUGAAUUCCUUGACACAAAUGCACUCUCUCAGAUGCCUUUUCCCUUUACAUUGCCUGUUGGACAGUGUCUGCUGCACAGUUUUGCUAGCUGACAAUAAGAAUAUUAUUUGCUGUUGCAUUUGGUUUCAGUUUAUUUUGCGAGGGGAAAGGCAGAGAGACAUUUAAAUGCUUGCACUUUGAAACGGACGGACAUAGCGUUGAGGGGAGCCGAGGCUGGGACCUUUGGGUGGACUGGACAGUUACUGGUGUGGGGUAACACUACCGGCCACCCAAUUAAAGGAGACUGUAAGAGGGGUCGUCCAGGCAUAGAUCUACCUGCUUCAAUCUGCUAUGGACCGGUCUGGAUCAGAGAAGAUGUAAGAAAGGCUUGGAUGGCUCAAAAACUCUUAACUCUUAAGUUAUGAAAAAAAAGUGAACAGUUCCCGAAAUAUACCUGCUCUUGAGAAUGUGGUUGAAAAUAACAGCUCUCUAGAAUGUGGUUAAAAUAACUUUUCUCGUGAAUGUGGUUGAAAAUAACGGCUCUCUAGAAUGUGGUUAAAAAUACCGGCUCCCUAGAAUGUGGUGGUUGAAUUGCAGCAUUUAGGAUGUAAUGGUAUUUGUACUCCUCCUGGUUAGCUUUUGACAAAACAAUACAUGUUGCACAAUGGUAUCUUUGUGUUUAAUAGAAGAAUCACAAAGGGAAUUACUUUACAUUCACAGUGCACACUUUGAAUUUUCUAUGUGUUUGUGUGUGUGUGUGUGUGUGUGGGGGGUGUUUAUGUCUGUGUCUGAAUGAAACAUUGUCCUAAACUCCUGACUGAACCAAAAAUACUUCCUUCAUGAUUUCCAUCCUCUGAGUAAUGCCAACAUACCCAAAGAUGUAAAGACUUGACUAGCCAGUAGAUUUCAAACUAAAGGUUAUCUUACAAGUGUUCAAACAACCAUAACAAACAGAACAUAAUGUAUUACUGUAUGUUAUCAACUGCUGUGUGUGUUUUCAAAUGUACACAGGCAACUAUUAUAUUUUCAAAGUGGCUGCGUUUAAGACAUGGAGUAUUCUCUGGGCUUUGUAUUUUCUACUGGGCUGCUGCAGCCAUUUUUUUAAUGAAUAGUGGUUGUAUGAUUUAACUAUGAGAUGAUGAUGAUGAUGAUCUGGUUUUCCAUUCUCAGAUGAACCCUUGGUUAUUGGGUGGAAUGGAGUUGUUUUGAAGAAACAUUACUGCACCAAUGUAGAAUGAUGUGAGCAUGCACUCACAACCUGCAGCCUACACUAGAACAAACAGCAGCAGGUAGAAUGUGGUGAUUGUAAAAAAGCAGUCUACACUAAAAAGUAUUCCAUGUCAUGAUGAGCUUGGAGCACUUUUUGAGACAUUGUAUAUUUUGUGUUUAUUUAAUGUACAGUAACUUAGAAACUGAAAACAAUGGUUUGGGGUUGCAUAUUAUUCAUGAAUGAGUUUUCUUUGAAUGGUUUUCUGUCCACACUAAUAGGAGAAGUAAUUUGGCGGGAGCAUUGACCACCACAGUAGACUAACAUGGUCUAACUGACAUGCAGCUUGUUCUUAUUGAUCAUUUAAUGAGUUGUCGAAAAACCCUCCUUGUCAAGUGUUUCCCAAACUAAAUAGUUUAACAUUUGUUUACUUCUAGUUUUUGUUUAUUUGUAAUAUUUAUUAAGCUUGCUAUGUUUUUAUAUAUAUAUAAAUUCUUUGAUUUUAUGAGUUGUACAUUUUGUUUUAAUAUUUCUUUUCUUGUUUUUCAUAUCAGGAAUGAUGAAUCUACUAUGAACCAAAAUCAUUUGUUUUCCCUUUCAGGAAUGUCUCUAAAGUGUCUUACCAAAUAAAAAAUGAUCAUCAAA